CAAAGCAAACUUCCUCUUUCACCAGCAAAAACCACAGUAUCAUGUCGACCAACACUGCAGCUGCCGGAGCGAAGCGACCUCCCGUCAUUCUCUGCAUUGGAAUGGCAGGCUCUGGAAAGACAACGUUUAUGCAGCGUCUGAAUGCUCACCUUCACGCAAAGAAACAGCCUCCAUAUAUUCUGAACCUCGAUCCUGCCGUGGCAGCUCUGCCCUUUUCGGCUAAUAUCGAUAUCCGCGACACCGUCAACUACAAGGAAGUCAUGAAGCAAUAUAACCUUGGACCCAACGGCGGUAUUCUUACAGCACUCAACUUGUUCACGACAAAAUUCGAUCAGGUUCUUGGAUUCGUGGAUAAGAGGGCGCCCUCACUAGACUACAUCUUAGUGGACACGCCUGGUCAGAUCGAGAUUUUUACAUGGUCAGCUUCAGGAUCGAUCAUCACGGACACUUUGGCAGCUAGCUAUCCUACCAUGAUCGCAUACAUCAUCGACACACCCCGCACAGCUGCACCAGCGACAUUUAUGAGCAACAUGUUGUAUGCCUGCAGUAUUCUCUACAAGACCAAGGUGCCCUUUAUUCUAGUGUUCAACAAGACGGAUGUCAAGCCCCAUGAGUUCGCAGUCGAGUGGAUGACAGAUUUCGAGGCUUUUCAGGAAGCGCUACAGAAGGACAAGAGCUACAUGAGCAGUCUGAUGAACUCGAUGUCCCUGGUUUUGGAUGAGUUUUACGCACAUCUGAAAGUCGUUGGUGUCAGUGCGGUGACGGGCGCAGGAAUGGACGAUUUCUUGAAGGCUGUGGACGAGGCAGUAGUUGAGUAUGACCAGGAAUACAAGCCCGAGCUGGAGAGGGUACUGGAAGAGAGACGGAAGAAGAAAGAGGUAGCGAAGGAGGAGCAGAUGGCAAGGCUGAUGAAGGAUAUGGCUAUGGAGGAGAAGGGCAAGGAAGUCCGGAUGGGUAAGGGAAAGCUCCCUGUUCGGGAAGGAGAUGAGGAUGAGGAGGGAGAAGAAGAAGAAGACGAUGAUGGGUAUGAGGAAUAUGAGCGGAGACCUAGGUACAGACAAGAGGACCUGGACUCGGACGAGGAGGAUAUUGAGGCAUGGAAGGCUGAUCUGGAGGAGCGUAGGACACGUAUGGAGGACGAGUCCUUGAAGCGCUUCUUGUCUGGCCAGCGUCUCGAGUGAAAUCAUGGUGUCCUUUCUUAAUAAAUAUAAAAAAACUACUACUUUGCACUGUUUGUCUGCGCCGGAAUGGUGCCACCAAAAUACGAUUUGCUGCUUAAUCGCUCGAUCUGAUCAGUCACAAAAAAGGCGCCAAAUACAAGAAUGCG